AUGCCGGCGGCGGCGGUGCCUGCGACUGAGGCGGACAAGGGGCCGCAUCUAUCCGUUGUGGUCGAGCUGGUGGCGGCUGCCGGUGGUGGCGGGCCCGUGAAGGCCGGGCACCUUGUGGGCAUCGGGCGCAAAACCCGGCAUCAGGUCGAGCUUGUUGGCGGCAGCGCUGCAGGGCCGAGCGGGAGCACGGCAAACGCCGAGGACGAGCAGCAGGUGGAGCGUGAGAUGGAGCUGGCGGCACAGGCUGGGGUGUGGGUGGCGGCAGACAAGGAGAUCGCUGCGGUGCGUGCAGCGGUGGCGCUUGCGCUCGGGCCGCAGGACGCAUUCACCCGGUUUGGGCUCAAGCCGCUUGCCGGCAUCUUGCUCUCGGGGCCGUUGGGCGUAGGCAAGAGCACAGCUGUGGCAUGGCUUGCGCGCGAGUUUGGUGCACGCUUGCUGGUGGCGCAGCGUGCGGCGCUGAUUGCAGCCGACGCUGAAGUCGGCGGUGCACUCAGUGAGCUCCGCGCAGCAUUUGCCAGCGCGCGAUCGGCAGCGACAGCGGCACCCGACAGACCGGUCCUACUCUGGCUGCCCGAGAUCGACGAGCUUGCGCCGGCACGCGACUCGAUGCUCUCCAACGCGGCGUCGAGCCAGAUCAUUACCCAGCUUCUCACACUCCUCGACGGGGCGCGGGCUGUGUCGGGCGGCUGCGGUCGGGUACUUGUCAUUGCCACCUGCGCAGAACCAAAUGCACUCGACAGUGCGUUGCGACGGCCGGGGCGGCUCGACCAGGAGUUUGCGCUCCGGCCGCCGGACGUGCAAGUGCGCCAAGUGCUGCUGGAGGCGCUCAUAGGCGAGACCGGCGAAGAUGUGGGUGACGCGGAAACGCGAGCAGCCAUCGCAUCGGCGGCCGAUGCGACGGUGGGCUUUGUCGGCGGCGACUUGUUUGCACUUGUCCGCGAGGCAGCAGCAGGUGUGGCGAGCGGCGAUUGCGGGUGGGAAGAGGCUCUGACUCGGGCUCUUGUGGUGGUCCGGCCGUCGAUGUCGCGCGAGGCCCAGGUGGGCAAGGCCGACUCUACCACAGCUGGCUUUGACUCGCUCGCUGGUCUGGACAGCGCAGUGAGCCAACUCCGGCGGGCGCUCGUGGAGCCGCUGGCGUAUCCGGAGCUGUUUGAGGCCUACGGACUGGCCGUUGCGUCAGGCGUGCUACUCCACGGCCCGCCUGGGACCGGCAAGACCUCGCUAGUCCGUGCGCUUUCGACGGCGCUCUCACUCUCAUUCUUUGUUAUUUCUGGCGCUGCGCUGUACUCAUCGUACCUUGGCGAGGCUGAGGCGUACAUCCGACGGGUGUUUGCUCAGGCGCGGCGGGCGCUGCCGUCUCUGGUCUUCAUCGACGAGGUGGACACGCUUGUCGGCUCGCGGUCGUCCGGCGGAUCAGACUUGGUGCAGGAGCGAGUGCUCUCGACACUGCUCAACGAGCUCGACGGAGUUGGUGUCGAUUCGAGCGGCGUUCUUGUUGUGGGAGCCACAAACAGGCUCGACAAGCUCGACGACGCGCUGGUGCGACCCGGGCGGCUUGGCCUCCACAUCGAGGCAGCGGCCGUCGCGGCGCAGGUGGAGGAGGGAACAACCGGUGCCGAGCUGCGCAACCUGGUGAACCAGCUGCGGAUGGCGCAGCUGCGCGACGAACUGCACGCUAGCCAUUGA